AUCCAAUGUAACUUAUAUGUAACUAUCAUUGGUUUGCGAUGGUGCGUGAGCGUUUAAAUGCCGUAGACGUGGCUGCUGUUGUUGGUAACCUUCGUAGUCAGAUUCUUGAUUAUAAUUUGGUUAACAUAUACGAUGUUACAAGUCGAGUUUAUGUAUUGAAGUUUUCCCGUAACGAGGACAAGCGUUUCGUUUUGUUUGAAAUCGGUCAUCGGAUUCAUACAACUCAAUUUUUGCGCACUACUGAUAAAUUACCUUCUAAUUUCAAUGUUAAGCUUCGUAAGCAUUUGCGUACUCGGAAGCUUCGCGGCAUAUAUCAGAUAGCUCAGGACAGGGUUGUUGACUUUACUUUUAGUUCCGGGGAGUAUGCUUAUCAUUUGAUAGUCCAAUUGUUUUUACCUGGCAAUGUCUAUUUAACUGACUAUUCGUAUAAGGUUUUAACGGUACUGCGUCCUCAGAAUGCUGGUGAUUCGUUUUUCCGCGUUGGUGAGACUUACGGCAUCCCUGAGGCCAGUGUACCAUGGAACAUUCCGGUAUCACCGGCUGUGAUUGAUGGGAUACUAUCCGGUAUGGGCCACGGCAAUGUUGACGCUUCUAAUUCUCAGAAGAAGGUCACCAAUUCUCGUGGGAAGCCAGAAACCGGCGAUAGUAGCAAACAGUCAAUCGUGAACGGAUCUGACCAAGGUGACUAUUUAGACAUAGGAUCGGAGUUCAAGGACCGGAGCGUCAGCAUGCUAUUGAAGUUGAUAUUCCCCAGUGUAACAUUACGCAUGAUGCGUUACGCCUUGGUAAAGGCCAUUGGGGCUGAUAUUUGCGAUUCCGAUGUAUCAGCUGUGGAAUCAAGUACUAUAUACACUGCCGUGGAGGCACUGAGAUCCACUUUGGAUUCACUAUCUAAUCCCGUGAAUCUUAACCUCGGUUACCUUUACAAGAAAGGCACUGAAUAUGAGGACUUUGGCUGCUUUGACUAUGGCGACGGUUGGGAGCGUUUUGAUGACUUUAACAUGGCUCUGGACGCCUACUUCACUAAAUCUGAGUUGCGCAAAAUCGAGCGCAAGGAGCAGCCAAAGAAGCCAAUAAAGUUGCAGAAGAUCAAAGAUGACCAGAACCGUCGUGAACUAGAGCGUGAGCGUGAGGUACAUCGCCUGGGUGUAUCCAUUGCUUUGGUUGAGGGGCAUCGUGACACCUUUGAUACGGUUCUAGACUUAAUGCGUAGUUUGGUUGCUUCUGGUGCCUCGUGGCAGGAGAUUACAGACCAAUUAUCUCGUCAGCGUGACUCUGGUCAUUUAUUGGCUAGGCACAUUCGCUCUGUUAACAUUCCCGACCGUCGUGUUGAUGUAUGUCUGCCCAAUGACGACCCUGGGUACUACACUAACGUUACAUCUAUGGGUGACAAACGCAACAAGCGUGGUUCUAAGAAGUCUCAAUCGAGUGAUCAAUUUGAUGACACCAGUGUAACCCUUGAUUACGGUUUAACAUGUUUUCAAAACCUUGAGAUAAUGUACUCUCAGAAGAAGCGUAUGGCGGAGAAGCUUGAGCGUACUCGUGCGGGUCACCAAUUUGCUUUGAAGCGUGUUGAUCGUGAGAAGGAGAAGCAGGUUAAAUCUCGUGGUGACCGCAACGUAUCACUGGUCAAGGUUCGUAAGCGCAUGUGGUUUGAGAAGUUUCACUGGUUUAUUACUAGUGAUGGCUUCCUAGUUCUUGGUGGUCGUGACUCUACGCAGAACGAGUUACUUGUUAAACGUUACUUGACCAAGGGUGAUCUUUAUUUUCAUGCUGACGUGCAUGGUGCUGCAAGUUGUAUACUAAAGAAUCCCAGUGGCAAUGCUGAAUCGUUUCCAAACACUAUAGACGAGGCUGCUUGUUUCUCUUUAUGUUUAAGUUCUGCCUGGAGUCAGAAAAUGGUAGUUCCUGCUUGGUGGGUACAUCACCACCAGGUAUCUCGUUCAGCACCUUCUGGUGAGUAUUUACCUCACGGUAGUUUCAUGAUUCGUGGUAAGAAGAACUACGUUCAGCCUCAGCGUCUUGAGAUGGCUAUUGGUGUGGUAUUCCACAUAGAAGUUCCGGAUAUUGAUGAAGAGGAAGUGGAGGCACCUGCUGGCCCCGAUACUGAGGAUGCACCUCAAGACGUUGAAUCCGAUGAGAGUGACGCAUCACUUACUGUUGAUGACCUCAUUGGGCAUGGUGAGGAACCCGUUGUUAACGAUGACGUCGUGAUGUCAGACGAAAGUCCAUCAAGUGACGAUGACAUGCUUGAAAAUAAGCGUGUGGUUAGGUUUAAUUUGGAUAACGACACUGAGCCAAAGGAGCGUGUUGGUAAUUUCCAUUUACUUCGUAAGGGUACUGGGUACCCCUGUACUGGGUUUAAUCCUGAUGACUUAGCUGAGAAGCUAUCUGCAUUAGGUCUCAUUGACCCUGAUGACACCGACUCACCUGAGAGCCACGUACGUUUCAUAGAGCCUGACAAGCCCAUUCACAUUCCUGAGGCCGUUGAACGUCUUCGCAAGCGUUUACCUACUGGUAUAAUAGCUCCUAAGAAACCUCGUGGUCCAUCUCGCUUAGCUCGUGUUAAGGCUGCUAAGGCUCGCAAGAAGUACGGUGACGACGAUGAGGAGAUUCAGCAGUUACGCUGUCAGCUAACUGGCUCAAGGCUGCUUAAGUCAGGUAUUGACACACCUGUUGUGGAGCCCGUGCCAGAAGAAUCCUUGCAGCCCAAGCCUGUAUUCCAACGUCAAGCAAUACAGCCAUUGGAUGAUCGUGAGUUGUCAUCGCAUAUGCGUCAGUUACGUGCGUUAUCAAAAUCACCUUCUGAGGGUGAUGUCAUCUUAAGUGCUAUUCCUAUGUGCGCUCCUUACGGUGCUUUGAAAUCACAUCCGUACCAUUUGAAAUUAGUUCCUGGUAACAAUAAGAAGGGUGCCAUUGCAUCUCAGGCACUGAGUCACUUUUUGAAGGUUGAUGAGUCGAAAUCUCCUUUUAUCAAGUUGAUAACUACGGAUCAAUUUGCUUUGACUUUGAUAGAGAACUGUAAGGUUCCCGGUCUUUCUGGAAAUUCCAAGCGUUAGGGUAGUUUAUGCUAAUUCAGACACUUUCGAUACUUAAUG